UUCCAUUAGUUUUUGUAUUUAACUUUUAGUUAAUAAAAAUCUAUUAUUUUUAUAACGUUAUAAUGGAUGGUUACAUUACAGUGUUACGUAAUGGAUUUUCACAUACUGGACUGGAGUUAAAAUUGCCAUUGUCGCUUUCCGAUUUAUUAAAAAUUUCUACGGAGCAUUUUGGAGAAAAUAUCCAAACCUUUUACCAAGGAGAUGGAUGUUUGUUAAAAUCUGUUGAGUUAUUGAGAGAUCGUGACAUUUUGUUUGCAGCAUGUUAUGAAUCAUUUAAAGGUGCAGAGAUAACCAAGCAAAUCGAGUUAAAAGAUGGUAGAUGUAAAGACCAACAGAUUUUAUCUUCCAUACAGUUAUCUGGAUGGAUAAAAUUAAAUGUAGGUGGUAGGUGUUUUACUACAACCAGGAAUACAUUGACAAAGUACCAUGGAACAAUGCUUGAAAGGAUGUUCAGUAACCAAGAACAUUGGCAUAGUGCAAUUGAUUCAAAUGGAUGUUAUUUGAUUGAUCGUAGCCCUGAUUUUUUUGAGCCAAUACUUAAUUAUAUGCGAAAUGGAGUUCUUAUUAUAAAUGAUGGUAUAAAUCCAAAAGGAGUGUUAGAAGAAGCAAAGUUCUUUGGAAUAAAGCCUAUAAUUGAAGAGUUGGAGUCAAGUGUUGUUACAGAAGAAAAAGCACAAGCUUGUGUCAGUCGCUCAGAAUUUAUGAGGCUGCUUAUGACUACAUCAUCUACUGAUAAUUUGCGGUGCCAGGGAGUCAAUUUGUCUGGAGCUGAUCUGUCUUAUUUAGAUCUCCGAUCAAUUAACUUCAUGUAUGCAAAUUUAUCUGGAUCAAACUUGCGCUUUGCUUCGUUAGGUGGAUGUCAGCUUUUUCUAGCUGAUUUAUCUGGUGCUUCACUUGAUGACGCAAAUCUCGAAGGUGUGCAAAUGAAACGUGCGAAUCUUGAAAGAGCCUCUCUAAAAAACUGCAAGUUUGAAUCUCAAUCUAACGGAAGCGUGAUAGCAAAUCUAGAAGGUGCAAAUUUAAAAGGAGCUGUUCUUGAAGGUAGCCAGAUGAGUCAAGUAAACUUGCGCUUGGCUGUCCUUAAAGAAGCAAACAUGAAAAGCUGUGUGCUUAGAGGUGCUGUUUUGGCUGGAGCUGACUUAGAAAAUUGUGAUUUAACUGGUGCCGACCUGCAAGAUGCAAAUCUACGUGGUGCGAACGUAAUUGGAACAAUAUUUUUAGAUAUAGUUGCGCCAUUGCAUAUGGUUCAUUUAAUGUAAUUAUAAUAUAUAUAUAUAUAUAUAUAUAUAUAUAUAUAUAUAUAU